AUGCCUCCAAUUGUGAAGGAGAGGCCCGGCAAUGUUGACCCCCAUUACGACGCCUCCGGCCGGCGUCGCCGCGUUUUGACGACUCGUCAGAUCAUUUAUCUCGGUAUACAACAGUUCCUGAUCAACACCAUCGUUGCUGGAGGAAUUAACUUUGGUAUCGCUACAGCGAUGUACCGGACGACAUCCCAGACAAUCAAUGUCUGGCCGUUCCCGAAUACGCUUGCUGGUGAUGCGUGUGUCACGGUCUUCAUCACUGGUAUUCUGAUCUGGCUCACCACCGCCUCGAUGGUCAUUCGUGAUUUGCGGUUACAUAAUAUCACCCCAAUCCCGCUAGUGAAGCCGAAUGGGCGCAUACAUGAUGCGUUGAGAUGGAUGGUCACGAAUUCGUCCAUCAUUGAGCGUGGGAUUCCAUUCAAGACGCGUAUCUUGCGAGUGUUCGUUACCGUUGUGCAAGGUGCGUUGCUUGGUGUUGUGUUGUUUGGACCAGUUUGGGGUAUCGGAGUGGGCAUCUUGUCUGGGAUUUAUGGGUGCUGUACGGUGCCGAAUGGAUGGGCGGCGGAGGUGUUCAAGCUCAUCUUUGGAGGGAUUGAUGCGGGGAUUACGGCGUUUGCGGUGUCAUUGUUGAUGCUGCUCGCGUAUGAGGAAGGUUCACAGCAGCGUGUGGACGGUGCGAAUGGAGAGAGGGUUGGGAGUGAUGAGAUUGAUCACGAUCCAGUGCUGUCGUCACGGGUGUGA